AUGGAGACAGCGCCAACCUUUAUGUACACUGUCCCCGAGGCAACCGAACUCAACUCCACCGGUUCAGACCUCACGAGCGACUUUCAGCUGAGCGAUACCUCCAACAACGAGGAGAAUAACUGCUCACCAUCAAAGUUUAUUUGUGCUACGAAUCAGUUUUACUACCAGCCGGAGAUCAAGAAUGCUACUGGUUACGGUAAGUAAAUCGUUUGGUCAGUUGUCGACUGUCGUAUUUUACACUUUUUUGGAUUUUGAAAAUAAAAAUUAAAAAAAAAAGAUUUUUAAGGCUUUAAAAUAUUGCUUUUGAAACUUAAAAAAUGAAAAAAAAUUGAAAGUGUUACUGUAAACUUUUCAAAAUUCAAAAAUUUUUAGAUUUUGGCCAAAACAUAUAUCACAACCUCCUUCUUCCAACGUAUUGUGCCCCUCAAUUUGACGCUACACAAUCACCGUCAACUCAACUAAAUCUUCAUCAGAAUCAGAUGAUCGUCACUUCAUCGGCUUCUGACCUAUCCACCCCUCAAACCUCCCUUAUCACCAACUCAACUGACUUUGUCAAUACUCAAAUCCAAUCUCAGCCCAUCUUCAACCAGUACGUUCAGAACUACACCGACUACGCCAACUACAACAAUGUAAAUCCGAAUCUGUUCAUUUCGACACCAUCGACUUCAGAUGCCUCCUCCAUCAACAGUAUUCCGAACAUUCCGAUGAACGACGAUGAAUGUCCGUUGAUUAACGAGGGUACGGAGAUGAAGAUUGAAAUGGAUGACAUUAAAGCGCGGCCGAACAAGGUGAAGCCGGCUGGCGGAGAGAACCGACAGUGCACCAACUGUGGAGCUACACACACACCGUUGUGGAGGCGAGACAACAGAGGAGACUACCUGUGUAACGCUUGUGGGUUAUAUCAGAAGGUGAAUCAAGGGGCGAGACGGCCGUUGGAGAAGCCCAAGAAACGACAGGUAGGUUUAGAGUUUUGGGUUUGAAUUUUUUUAAAUUGAAAAAAAUUUUAACUUUGAAAUUUCGAAAUUUUCAUUUUUUCGCAGUUAAAAAUUUAAAAUUUAAAAAAAAAAUUUUUUUUUGAUUUUAAAGUUUUUACUUUUUGUCUUUUUUAUUGUCUACUUUUACCCCUUCUUCUCCAUCCCUGCCUCUAUCCUCAAAUUCUCCUUGCCCAAACACCCCCUUAACAGUUAGGGAUUACAUUACCAAUUACGUGAUGUAACAGGCAACAGGCCGCCGUAAGCUAUUGUUUCCUCGACCUCAAUUGUCAAUCAUCCACCUUACAAACCCUUGCUUUCCCUCAACAAUCGUGGGCAUGGAAGUAGGCAACGAUCCGGCUGAAUGAUAAUUGUCCGCCGACAAAGCCUUUCUGGGUUACCGGUCGAUGAAAUUGGGGAUAAAGUGGCAGUUUUGGUUUGGGAAAGAAGGGGCAAUUUAAAAAAAUUAUAUUGUCGUCUUUAUUCUAGAUUGAGGAAUAUAGCACUAGUGGUACAACAAAGUUGAAAUACAGUACUAGUAAUACUAGAAAAUUAAAAAAUAGUACUAUUUUUUAAAAGCACUAUACAAUUUCUUUGAAAUUUAAAAAACCUUUUAUUUAAGUUUAUAAUACCGUACUAUCAGUUUAUAGUAUCAUACUAUCAAACAUAGUUGCUAUAGCAUCACAGUACCAACUAUAACUUUGAGCUUUCAAAAUGAUUGUCUAAGGUUAGAAGAGACCUCAGUAAUUUGAUACCUUUUUAAUUGACCUUUUGUCACCUCAAUAACAAUGUCCACAACAUAAUAUCCGGAUUAUCCUUGCGAGAAAAGCAAUGGCUAUAACUUAAUAUGUUACGCAAUACCUAGUAAUCUUGUUUUGGAUAUUAAAACAAGAUUUGUUUAUAACAGUACGCAUUAUUUUGUCGUAUUUUACACUGCAUUACCUUGUAAAUGAGUUUUCACAUAAUUUUUGGUAUUGUUUUGGUCAAAAAGUCUAAAGAACUUAAUUUUAUUAUCAGUUAUUAGCAACUUUUGUUCUUAACUUAUAGUUCAGUUUGAUAUUAGGUUGUUCAAAUAAUUCUGUGCUCCCUCUCAAAGUAAAGAACCAAGAAUCUAGUAUCAAAAGUUACAGUAGUAAAACAAAGCUAUUUUUUGUUAAUUUAAAAAUUCAGAGCUAUUUCAAAGCCAGAGAGUCAGAGAAAAGAGAAAAUAGUACAUCAAGUGAGAUAAGAUCUACGCAAAGCAUUUUCAGCUAGUUUUUGUGUGUUUUUCAAUUCUCUGGACUAGAUUGAAUUUCUUGAAAUUUUGACAUGACAAACUUUUACUUUUCAAAGUUUUUGAAAUUUUUGAAGUUUUAGGUUACUGUAACAAAACAUAUGCAGACAUUUUGUUUUAAAUGCAUUAAAAGAAUUACUUUAACAUAAGAUGCAGAGAUUAGGCUGUUAAAAUAAUGCUGCGCUUCUUGACUUUGAAAAACUUCUUUGAGAGGGGGCACAGAAUUAUUUGAACAGCUCAGUAAUAAUCAUAAAAAUUAAAAAAUAUAAAAUAAUAUGCAAAUUAAAAGUUACAAAUACAAAGAUGAAGUUUUCAAUAAAAUACAGUAAGAACUUGUUUCAGACGACCCAAAAAAGGACUGGAAUCUGUUGCGUCAACUGUAACACUGAUAAGACCACCUUAUGGAGGCGGAAUUCGAAUCAACAGCCUGUAUGUAAUGCUUGUGGGUUGUACUAUAAACUUCAUAAUGUAAGUAUAAAUUCCUAUAAAAUUAUUUUUUGUGUUCAACUAAUUCUGUGCUUCCUCUCAAAGCAAAUUUUCGGGGUAAGGGGUAGACUGAGCUUUCCCGCUCGCCUAAAAACCGGAUUGGCCGGCUCUGCUCGCCUAAAGCCCGGCUCGAAAGCCAAGUCUAGUAAGAAGAAACUGAAUUAUGUGAAAAAUCUAAUACAUGAUUUUUAAGUUUUAAAAAUUUGCCAGAUUUAGAUUUUUUAAAUAUUUUUUAUUCUAUCGGCUUAAUUUCAGCACCCGUAUUUUACAAAUCUCAAAAAAUUUUUUUUCAAAAAAUCAUCUUAAACUUUAAAUUAUGACAUAACCCAACCUUGAACAGCCUUUUAUUCCACGGCAUUUCCUUUGUUUUACCUAAAAUUUUAUUUUUCGUCGGCAAAUUUAGUGCAGAAGCAUGUGCAAAUUGGGUGAUUUUACGACCAGUCGUUUUUUCCGACAAAGUCGAGUUUUGUUAUGUAAAGAUCAUAAAAUUAAGGGGGCUUUUAGGUUGGAGAGUUUGGAGAAAUGAAGGAUUCUGAAGGCGAUUUAGAGGUUUUUUGACUUUGAAUUGAGAAAUCGGCCGAAUUUUGGGAUUUUUUGGUCGAUUUUUGGCUUUAUUUUUGUGGGUACGGUAGGUUGAGGGAGCAAAAGCUACUGUAAUUUUUGUCGAGAGAUUGUUCAAAGUAUCUUCUUUGAUUUUUAUAAGCCAUUUGUUACCUAAAAUUACUGUAUUAAUUUCUACAACCUUUCCAAACCCAUUACCCUCAUUUUCCUCCCUCCACUAUAAGACAGCGCCAUUUUACAGUGCAGUAAACUCGGGCUAUAAUAUUCUUUUUACUCAUGAUUAAUGGGUCAUUAAUUACCUAAAAACGCUAAUACAAGUCCACGUCAAGCAAUGGCUGAUAGCGAUCUCGACAAACUCGAGACGUGUCAAGAAAGUGAUACGAUGCCGAGAGAGCGUGGGUGGGGGAGAGGGUGCGAGAGAAAAGACCUUGGGCAGAGGGAGGAAAACGAGGAAUGAAAGUCGUUGAUGGACGAGGGUCAGUGUCGGUUAAUUUUACUAAAUUUUUGGAAUAAAACUCAAGGUCGAGCGAUGCUGUAAUCAGGGGGUUCUGCUUCUUGGUGGACGAAAAAAGAUUAAUUUUAAAAUAGCUGAAACAACAAAAUUUUGAAAAAAUUGCAAAUUUAAAUAGAAAUUAAGUCUAAUGAUCAAAUAAAACUGAUUCUAAGCCUAAACUUACACUAAAAAUCAUAUAAAACAACCUUUUCAGCAAGACCGUCCCAAGUCAAUGAAGAAGGAUAACAUUCAAUGCCGAAACCGCAAGGCCAACCCUAAGGGCAAACGCCACUCCCACGUGUCUCAGCUCAGUCCAAAGGAUGGCCUAGGCCAACAGAUUGAUAUGAGGAUGAUGAACGACACCACCUUCUUCAACAUUCCUCAAAACUUUGUGAAUGGAAUGGAUGGGAUCAGGCUUCAAUUCAGCGAUCUGCCAGUUUACAAUGGGUUCUACCACAAUCAGUCACAAUAUCAGUAG